CCCUUUACAAUGAUUUUCCGAAUUUAUUUUCGAGCUGGAUGAUUGGAUUACAUUCAUCCAGUAAACUGCACUAAACCAAGAACGGAAUCAAAUGUCGGAACAGCCACAGAAUCCUACCUCCUCGGUGAAGAAAACUCCGAGAAUUCAGCCUGAAUCCCUCCGGCCACCUGAAUUUUCCGCCGGAGAUUCAGCGGAGGCGGCCUGGAAGGCCGGAAAGUUCCCAAACCCGCCGGACCCGUUUAACCCUGAUCCAGUGACUCUUCGCGAUCAAUGGCGGUUCGCCAUACGGCAAUACAGUCGUUGGUAUUCUCAAGCUUGGGGAACCGCCAUCCUCGCCGGUAUCUCCUUUUUCGCCCUAGGUUGGAUCAUCAAGGGCUCCAAUCCCCUCCCUUCCCUUUCUCGGCAACCAACUCAUGGCGAAAACACUCCGCCGACUUCUACCGCCGAAGGUACUAACGUGGAAAACUGAAAGACAGGCUUUUACAUUUUCACUGAAGAAUAGAGCUCACAUUGUUACUGUUAUAUGCUUUACAUUUUGAGUUGAAGAGAAGAGCUCAGACAACGCUGACUAUGAACCAGCACUUGAUCAGCAAGUUUGAUGAACUGAUCAUUAUAUCUUCUCAUCUCUGUUAGGCCAUCAUGGAAGUUUUUGUAAGAUUUAUGCCAAGUAGUUGGGAAUGAGAUAAUGGCAAUGAUGAUGAUGAUGAUUUUGUAAGAUUGACAAAUGACAGUUUUAAGAUAUAUGCUGAUAAUUGUGAAUCUAGUAUUAUAUGGUAGUUGGAGCAAGGAAGAACUUUGUAUGCGAGUCAUUUAUGUUAUGCUGGUUUUGUUUCCUUUUUUCUUUUUCCUUUCUUAGAGCAGGAUUAGCACUCGAGCUCAGUACCUUGGGAAUAGUUGUAAGUUCAUGG